AUGGCGGUGCUUGAGCAGACUUGGUAUGGCGACUGUGUGGAAUAUGGGAGAGAAUGGGACAUGCUAAUCGAAUGCGCAGGAUCAAAGUACAAGAGAAGACCUUUGGAAAAUGGUACGCAACCACCCGCAAUUGCACCUACAUCACGGCUAACAGGUAGUCUUUCUUCCCAGGCUCAACAACAAACUCAAAGCACGCAAUGUCGAAGUACAGAACCUCGUCACAGACCUCGCGGACGGCAUCAUCCUCAUCCACCUCCUCGAAAUCCUCUCCCAGGAAUCCCUCGGCCGCUACGCAGCACGCCCUAAACUCCGCGUCCAGCGCUUCGAAAAUGUCAAUAUUGCCCUAGACUUCAUCAAGAGCCGGAAGAUCCAAUUGACGAAUAUCGGAGCCGAGGAUGUCGUGGAUGGGAACCGCAAGAUUAUUCUGGGUCUGAUAUGGACGCUGAUUCUGAGGUUCACGAUCAGCGAUAUCAACGAUCAGGGGUUGAGUGCGAGGGAAGGGUUGCUGCUGUGGUGUCAACGGAAAACGGCAUGUUAUGAUGAAGUGAACGUGAGGGAUUUCUCGGGGAGUUGGAAUGAUGGGUUGGCGUUUUGCGCGCUCUUGGAUAUCCAUCGGCCGGAUCUGAUUGAUUUUGAUCAGUUGGAUAAGAGCGAUCACCGGGGCAACAUGCAGCUUGCUUUUGACAUUGCGAGCAAGGAGAUUGGCAUUCCGGAUCUGUUGGACGUGGAAGAUGUCUGUGAUGUUGCGAAGCCGGAUGAGAGGUCUCUGAUGACGUAUAUCGCAUACUGGUUUCAUGCUUUCUCGCAGAUGGAGAAGGUGGAGAAUGCCGGACGGAGAGUGGAGAAGUUCGUUUCGAACAUGCAGGGUGCCUGGGAGAUGCAGAAUAACUAUGAGAGGAGAAUGAGGGCGCUGCUGGCUUCCAUUGCAAAGCAAAAGGAGGACUGGGAGAAGGCGGUCUUCGAUGGAUCAUAUGCGGACGCUAAAGAGCAGAGUCGGUCGUUCACCGCGUACAAGGCACGGGAAAAGCGCAACUGGGUCGCGGAGAAGAGCGACUUGGCUGGACUUCUGGGCAACAUCAAGACCAAGCUUAAUACAUACCGAUUACGACCGUAUGAGGCGCCACAAGAGCUGAGUUUGGCCGCUUCAGACGAAGCUUGGAAUGGCUUAAUGGAAUCCGAGCGUACCAGAAGCCAAGUCAUCAACAACACGAUCCGCGACAUCAAGAACAACCUACGAAGAACAUUUGCCGACAAAGCUAAUGACUUUGCGCUGGCGCUCAAGACCAUCAGCGUGAGCAUUUCCGGCCUCGAAGGCGAUGUCGAAGACCAGCUGGAGCAUACAUCGCAGAUAUCACGAAACUUGCCGCCGCUUGAUCAGUACCUGGAGAUCAUCGAGAAGCUCGACAAGCAGUGUCAGGAAGCCAAUAUCGAGGAGAACGAUUACACGACGUACACGUACGAUGAAUUGGCAUACGAGCUCAGCCUGGUGAAGAGCAGUGUGCAGAAGAAACUGGCCUUCCUGGACAACCAAAUGGUCGCCAGAAACAUGACGAACCUCACGCCGAUCCAACUCGAAGAAUUCGAAUCCGUCUUCCGCCACUUCGACCGCGACCUGUCCAAUUCCCUGCAAGAACUCGAAUUCUCCGCCGCGCUCGCCUCGCUCGGCCUCGUCUACGACGAACGGGAAAUGCACGAACGCUUCGUUGAAGUCGCCGGGCGCGGGGGCAGCGUCUCCUUUGAACAGUUCAUCCGCUUCAUGGUGGACGUGACGGAAGACCAGAAUACCGCGGAGCAAGUCUUCGAGUCCUUCCGGGAGGUAGCCGACGGGAAGCCGUACGUGACGGAAUUGGAUCUGACGCACUCGUUGAUUCCGGAUGAGAUUGUGCAGCAGCUCGUGGAGACGAUGCCGAAGCACCGGGGGCCCGAUCUCCAGGCUGACCGGGACUUGCCCAAGUUUGAUUAUGUGGGUUUCAUGGAGAGGUAUCUCGGGAAGGAUCAGGAUCAGCAGGAGGGGGGACAGAGUAGUGCCGCCGGGGCCGAGAGGGUUAAUGGGACGACGACGCAUUGA